AUGUCAUCUUCCGCUCCCAAGUACACCACUUUCCAAGGGUCACAAAAUUUCAGGUUGCGGAUCAUCUUGGCAACAUUAUCUGGAAAACAAAUAAAAAUUGAAAAAAUCCGCUCAGGUGACUUGAAUCCUGGUCUGAAAGAUUACGAAGUGUCCUUUCUAAGGCUGAUCGAGUCGGUCACCAAUGGAAGUGUGAUCGAAAUUUCAUAUACCGGUACUACUGUGAUUUAUAGGCCUGGUAUUAUAGUUGGUGGUGCCUCUACUCAUAUUUGUCCUAAUUCCAAACCAGUAGGCUACUUCGUCGAACCAAUGUUAUAUUUGGCACCAUUUUCAAAAAAAAAAUUCUCGAUUUUGUUCAAGGGCAUAACUGCAUCUCAUAACGAUGCCGGUAUUGAAGCUAUCAAAUGGGGACUCAUGCCCGUUAUGGAAAAAUUUGGUGUUAGAGAAUGCGCCCUACACACUUUGAAAAGAGGCUCACCACCACUAGGAGGUGGCGAAGUGCAUUUGGUUGUUGACUCUUUGAUUGCUCAACCGAUAACCAUGCAUGAAAUAGAUAGACCCAUAAUUUCAUCAAUCACUGGUGUAGCAUACUCUACCAGAGUAAGUCCGUCGCUCGUGAAUAGAAUGAUCGAUGGUGCUAAGAAGGUAUUAAAAAAUCUACAAUGCGAAGUUAACAUAACAGCAGAUGUCUGGAGAGGUGAGAAUUCAGGGAAGAGUCCAGGUUGGGGUAUUACUUUGGUAGCUCAAUCCAAGCAAAAAGGUUGGAGUUAUUUUGCAGAAGAUAUCGGUGAUGCAGGCUCCAUACCUGAAGAACUUGGUGAAAGAGUUGCCUACCAAUUAUUAGAAGAAACAUCAAAGAGUGCAGCAGUUGGUAGAAACCAGCUUCCACUAGCAAUUGUUUACAUGGUCAUCGGGAAAGAAGAUAUCGGCAGAUUGAGAAUUAAUAAGGAACAAAUAGAUGAAAGAUUCAUAGUCCUCUUGAGAGAUAUAAAGAAAAUCUUUAAUACAGAAGUCUUUUUAAAACCAGUUGAUGAAAUGGAUAACGACGACAUGAUAGCUACUAUCAAGGGUAUCGGUUUUACAAACACAAGUAAAAAGAUUGCAUAG